CUUCCUUCAUUCGGCUGCAAAUAACUCUAUUUUCUCUCUCCUCCCUUCCGCUUAUACGAAGUAUUUUCAUGUCGGUUUUAUCUUUACCAAAUAUUCCUGCUUUUCAGUUUCUGUUUUCUCUAUGAUAAUCAGUUUUUUAACUGCACUAUUCCUUCUUGUUUUUUUCUCUUGAUUUUCUCUCAUUUACAGCUCCCAAAACCCUAAAAAUUUGCAUUGUUUCAGACGCCGGAAUAUGGGCGAUAAUUCCCCACAAUUCGAUAUAAAUCAGUUACUAUCUUACUGCAAUGACCUUGUUGAGGUUCUUAGAGACGACACAGACUUCAACAUGUUGAGCCAUUGUGUUCAGCUAGGCGAAUCCAUCCAAUCGUCUUCUGAUUCCGAUUUCAACUCUAACCAGAUCGCCAUUUCAGAUUAUCAGAAAAAGAUAGAUGACUGCAAGCACAAAAUAGAAAUGGCGCGAUCUGAAGUAGUUUCCGAUGAAGAAAUAGAGCGCCUUCAGAAGGAGCUUGAUGUGCAACUCAAGAGAGAGAAGCAGCUUCGAGAGGAUCUUAAAGUAAUUGAUGACGAUAUUAACGAACUAGAUCAUCAGCGGCUUUCAUUAGAGGACCGGAGUCAGAGGCUGAGGAAACUUGAAGAAGAACAAGAUAAAGAACUGAGCAAACUUCAAUUAUAUGCAUCUGUCACAAAGGUUAUUCCCAAUCUGGACAGCCCAGCAGAUACUGGCCAUAUUGUGGACCGUGAUAAAAACACAGUAGAGAGGUUUGAAUUUGAUCCAUUGCAGGAAGAUGCGUUUGACAUAUGCAACAAGAUUUGGAAGAUGAUCGACCGUUAACUGUUUCCAUGGAACAACAUUUGACAAGGAGUUGAUUUUGCAAAUGCCGGGUAUUAGAGUGGAACAUGACGGAAGAGAGACGAUGAUUGUUUAGAGCAAAUCCGGAUUGUAAUCUUAAUAGACUAGUUCUUGAACAAGCUCCUUCUUUUGUUAUGUCUGUACUUAUGUAGGACAAACCUCCCUGACUUGUAUUUGGUUUAAUCUAAUUUGCAUCGAAAACAAAAUUAAGAGAUUUGCACGAAAAUGAUGAACCCAAAAACAAAAAAAUGUAUUUCAUUGCAAUUUGCUAAAGAACUCACAGUUGUCCUUGUUA